AUGGGUGGUCAUGAUUAUACAGAAAAUCUCAAGGGGGUUAAUGAUGGAUUGACAGACUUGACCAAGAAUGUCAAUGCGCUUAUUCAGGCUAUGAACGCCAACAAGUCUGAAGAAACAGAGAGAAGAAAACAGAAAGUUAUUGAGCAGCGUCAGCAACGUGAAGAAGAAAGAACACAACGUCAGCUAGAGUUAACGGAGAAUAAUACAGCUUUGACAUCCAGUAUUACUACAGCGUUAACAAAUUUGUCCACAACCAUUGCCGCUUCUGUUGCCACGGCCGUUGUUGAUCAACUUCGCCCCUUGCUUCCUCCAGUUGCAGGCAAUCAUGGUGGUCCUCGUAAUAAUCCACCUCCACCACCACCUCCGCGACAAAAUAACACCAACCUCAAGUUUCCUCAAUUCGAUGGAGAUGAUCAUGACGGUUGGCUUUUCAAUGCAGAUCAAUAUUUCGCAGUUCACACAGCAGAUGAUGCUCUUAAAAUUACUAUUGCCUCUGCAAAUUUGAAAGGUGAUGCUAAUGUUUGGUUUAGAUGGAAGCAGUCUAAAGCUGCCAUUGUUACUUGGGCUGAGUUUGGUGCUCAUCUUCGAGAUCGUUUUUCACCAGAGAAAUUUGUGGAUCCUAGACUAGCUAUUAGCAACAUCGAACAAAAAGGCACAGUGCGUGAGCAUAUUCCUGUGUUUGAGCGUUUAAUGAAUUUAGUGGACUUCACGGAAGAACACUUGAUUCAAUGCUUCAUCCGCUCUCUUAAACCUCAAAUAGGUUCGGCGCUUAGAUUAUUAGAUAUCAGAUCUUUGGAUGAUGCUUUUAAAAAAGCCAUCCAUCAAGAGGAAGCCCUUGCAGCAAAUAAGCCUGUUCCCAGACAGCCUUAUCGUCCUCCUCCCUUCCGGCCUGCUGCAACUGUUCAACCCACUCCUUAUAACAAGUCUUCUUCUCCUUUUGUGUAUCGCCAUUUAUCACCAGCUGAACAACGUGAACGAAGAGAAAAGGGUCUCUGUUUUAAUUGUGAUGAGGUUUACAAGAAAGAUCAUGUUUGUCUGAAUCCCAGACUGACCAUUUUGGAUGUUGAGGAAUAUAUUCGUGAAGGUUCUACCACUACAGAGGAUACUGCUCCUGUUUCCUUUGAAGUUUCUGAAGUAUAUGAAUUUGAUCCUACCAUCUCCUUAAGCUCGCUAUUUGGUUCUUCCUUUCCACGUACUAUGCGCGUUACAGAUCGUAUUAAUUCUCAACCCAUUACUAUUUUGAUUGAUUCAGGAUCUACUCAUAACUUUUUGCAUCCAUCUGUGGCUAAACAAUGUGGAUUUGAAGUUUGUUCUCGAGAUUCUCCUCUAAGUGUUACUGUGGGUGAUGGUGGCAAGUUGAAUACUCGGGGUUCUUGUCCUUCUGUCCCUAUUCAACUCCCUAGUUUCAGGUUUAGUGCUGAUUUCCACUUGCUUGACAUUAGUGGUUGUGAUGCAGUUUUAGGGGUACAAUGGUUACGUACUUUAGGACCUAUUGAAUGGGAUUUUGCAAGAUUAUCAAUGCAAUUUACAGUUAAUGGUAAAACUGUGUCCUUACUUGGUAACAAUCAUUCGUCUGUAAUGAUUUUGGAGCAAAAAUCAAUGCAGCGUUUAUUACAACAUGCAAAUCAUGGGGUUUUUAUUGAACUAGCUGCAUUAACUACUUCAUUGAAGCAACCAACGACUCUUCCACCAGAACGUCUUCAUGAUCAUAGAAUUCCAUUGGUUCCUGGUUCUCCACCUGUCAAUGUGAGGCCGUAUCGAUACCCUUACUUCCAGAAAUCAGAAAUUGAAAAGAUUGUUGCUGAAUUACAAUUCUCUGGUUUUAUACGUCCAAGUUCGAGCCCCUAUUCUUCCCCAGUGCUGAUGGUACGUAAGAAAGACGAGUCUUGGCGUAUGUGUGUUGAUUACCGUGCUUUGAAUAAGCUGACAAUCAAGGAUAGAUUUCCAAUCCUUGUUGUUGAUGAGCUGUUAGACGAACUGCAUGGUGCGACUGUGUUUACUAAACUGGAUUUGCGCUCGGGUUAUCAUCAAAUUCGAUUGCAUAAAGCUGAUAUUCCUAAGAAAGCUUUUCGAACUCACGAUGGUCACUAUGAGUUCUUGGUUAUGCCAUUCGGUCUUUCCAAUGCUCCAUCCACUUUUCAGAGUUUAAUGAAUGAUUCUUUCAGGGAAUAUUUACGAAAGUUCGUGCUGGUCUUCUUUGAUGACAUUCUGAUUUAUAGCAGGAAUAUGUCUGAUCAUUUGAUUCACUUGUCUCAGGUGUUUGAAGUACUUCGUUCUAAUCAGUUAUUUUUGAAGGAAUCCAAGUGCACCUUUGCUCAGUCCUCCGUGGGUUAUUUGGGACAUGUUAUUUCAGCUGAGGGAGUUUCAGUUGAACAAGAGAAGAUUGAAUGUAUUAUGUCAUGGCCUACACCAACUACCAUCAGAGAGUUACACGGUUUUUUGGGCUUGGCAGGUUAUUAUCGAAAGUUUGUUAAGGAUUUUGGUAAGAUCAGUGCGCCAUUAACUCAACUACUUAAGAAAGAUGCUUUUCAAUGGUCGGAAAAAGCUAUUGCUGCCUUCAAACUUUUGCAAACUGCUCUUACUACAACACCAGUUUUGAUCCUUCCUGAUUUUUCUAAAGAAUUUGUAAUAGAAUGCGAUGCUUCUGGAUUUGGAUUGGGUGCUGUUUUGUUACAAUCUGGUAGGCCUAUUGCUUUUCACAGCAAGCCUUUAGCUGAGAAGAACAAGAAUUUAGCAGUUUAUGAUAAGGAGAUGCUAGCUAUUAUUUCUGCAAUUCAAAAAUGGCGCCAUUAUUUGCUUGGGAGGCAUUUCAAAAUAUAUACAUAUCAUAAGAGUCUGAAAUAUUUUUUGGACCAGAAAAUAUCUUCCUUAGAGCAACAGAAAUGGCUAUCUAAACUUUUGGGUUACGAUUAUGAGAGAAUCUUUAGACCAGGAAAAGACAAUGCUGCAGCUGAUGCUCUGUCUCGCCAAUCCAGCUUCCACUACAGUCUUACUGCACCAGUUUUCAGUGGUGUAACAGAAAUAAUGCACGAAUGUCAUAAUGACACUGAAUAUGGAGAGCUUAUUCAACGGUUAGUUGCAGAUCCAACUUAUAAGCGUAAUUAUUCUUACGUAACUGGUAUAUUACGUUACAAAGGCAGAAUUGUGAAUACACAGUUAUGUCGCAGUUCAGCUUAUCAUCCUCAGUCGGAUGGACAAACAGAGGCGACAAAUAGAACUUUAGAGUGUUAUUUGAGGUGUUUUGCGGGAAUGAAGCCAACUGAUUGGAGAAAAUGGUUACCUUGGGCUGAGUGGUGGUAUAAUACAAGCUUUCAUUCAGCCAUUCGAAUGUCUCCUUAUCAGGCAUUGUACAGUCGUCCCCCACCUGCAGUUACAGCUUAUUUACCAGGUUCAACUUCAGUGCACGAUGUUGAAUUAAAUCUUAAGGCUCGUGAUCAUACACUCAAGCUUUUGAAGUCUCAUUUGCAUGAUGCACAGUCCAGAAUGAAAAAAUAUGCUGAUUCGCACCGUACUGAGCAUUCAUUUUCAGUAGAUGAUUGGGUUUAUUUAAGAUUACAGCCUUAUCGUCAAACAACAGUGUUUCAGCAAUCUUUUUCAAAGCUGUCUCCUAAGUUCUAUGGACCAUUCCGCAUUUUGGAGAAAAUUGGGUCAGUUGCGUACAAACUAGAGCUUCCUGCCUCUAGCCGCAUUCAUCCAGUUGUUCACGUAUCUCAGCUUAAACUAAAGGUGGGAUCAACUACAUCUGUGGAACAAGUGUUACCAGACAUUAUUGAUUAUGAAAAGUGGGAACCUGACUCGAUUUUGGAUCGUCGCAUGUAUAAGAAAGGCAGUGGUGCAGGCACCAAAUGGUUAAUCAAGUGGAAGAAUCAUGCGCAAGAGGACACAACUUGGGAAGAUGCUGAUGAUUUCAUCGCUAAGUUUCCAGAAUUUGAGGCUUGA